AUUUCCAAGUCCAACGAAAAACAACAACGCGGUUUCUAUAUUUUGUACUCACCCUUAAAAAAGCAAUACUUUUUUUUUGCUUCUUUAGGUUGUCUCUGUUUUCCAAGAUUUCUGAUAUUAUCUCCGACCCAAGAAAAAAACCAAACGGUUUUGGAUCAAGAAAGUUUUUCUUGCUAACCUCCAAAACCCAAAACCCACAAUUUCGAUUUUCUCAAUUUUUUUUCCGGGAAAAAGGAAAAAAAAAAAAUGUGUCCAAUGAGGUUCAUCUUGGUGUUUUUCUCGGCGAUUCUUGCUGGGUAUUUCGCAUGGAGAACUGUUCGUUCUUCUCCUGGAGUCGAUAUUAUGUUAGAAGAUUCAAAUAACGAGAAGUUUCAAUCCAAAGAAGAACAAGAAUUCAACUUCAAAAGGAUGGUUUUGAACAGCUUCUGGGUUUUCGUUGACAUGGCCAGCGGGAGAUACUUGUGGAGGAAUUUGAGGGAGAUGAAGCAGGAAAAAAAAAUGAAAAGUCAUUGAAAAGAAUGUAAAAAUAAUAUUCUUUUUUUUUUAUAAUUUUUUUUACUUAAUUCUUAAUAUUUGUAAUCAAUAUUCUGUCCUUUGGAAAAAUAUGAAUCUUUUUGUACCAAGUUGUUUUAUAAUGAAGAAGAAAAAAAUUGACUGUAUCUGUAUUAGACUUUGCCGAUUCAAUGUAUAAUGUUGUUUAUAACUUUGUCCUAAGUUUUAACCAUCAAAAGAAGAUUAUUAUUAGAAGCAAAAAAAAAAAGAUUGUUAUUAUUUACUAGU